AUGGUUUUCUACAUUCAUAUUGGUACACUUUUGAAAGAUCUGUUCCACAAAGAGAAACUAAUGAUAACAGACAGAAAUGCAGCCUUUAAAGCUACGCAGUGUAUUGAAGAUACUGACCAGUAUGGCUUCUGUGCAAUGACAACGCCUUGUGCUUGUUACUAUAAAAUCGUUCAGCAAACCGCAUCCGUUUUUCAGGCAUGUACACUAGAAUGUGAAGGAAAGCUGCCUUCUGCCAAAGCCUGGGAGACCUGCAAGGAGCUCCUGCAACUGGCAAAGCUGGAUCUUUCUGAGGAUGGCAACAUUGCUCCAGGAGACAAGAAAGAGCUGGAUGAGAAUCAUUUGCUUGCGAAGAAGUACGGAGGCUUCAUGAAAAGAUACGGGGGGUUCAUGAAGAAAAUGGAUGAGCUCUAUCGGGUAGAACCGGAAGAUGAAGCUAACGGAGAAUUCCUGGCUAAAAGGUAUGGAGGGUUUAUGAAGAAAGACUCGGAUGAUGAUGCCCUUGCUAAUUCCUCUGAUCUGCUGAAGGAGCUUCUAGGAACCGGGGAUAACCCUGAAGCGGGGCAUUACCGAGAGAUAAAUGAAAACGAUGGCGACGUCAGCAAAAGAUAUGGAGGCUUCAUGAGAAGCAUAAAGCGCAGCCCCGAAUUGGAAGAUGAAGCCAAAGAGCUGCAAAAGAGAUACGGUGGUUUCAUGAGAAGAGUGGGCCGGCCAGAAUGGUGGCUGGAUUACCAGAAACGAUAUGGUGGGUUUCUUAAGCGCUUCGCCGACUCCAUUCUCCCUUCAGAAGAAGAUGGGGAAACUUAUUCCAAAGAGGUCCCAGAGAUGGAAAAGAGAUACGGUGGAUUUAUGAGAUUUUAAUACCUUUCCCUUUAUCCCUUUUGUCCUAAAUGAGAAAGACUGCCUUAUUGGUCAUAACUUAUUGUAACGUGUUGCUUGUACUGUACAGUUUUUUACUGUCCUUGGUUAAUGAUGCAACUUGCGAUUUGUUGUUUCAGGUUCUGCGUUCUUUCAAGUCAAAUAACUAAUUUCUGGUUUAGUCAAGUUUCAGUCUGUAUUGUAGUUUCCACGCUAGAAGUAUUUUGAUUAUUGUAUUAAUUUUCUUUAAAGAGGAAGUACAUCUACAGUAGCGUUGCUUAACUGUAUAUACAAUAAAUUCUUCAUCCUAACUGCAUAAA